AUGGAAAACGGCAACAAAGCAGAGGAACACAAUGGUAUAUUAGUGAGUACAGAAAUGCCAGAUGCUAUGGUAAUGGAGAUCAUCUCCCGCUUGCCCUUGAAGUUUGUUGUUCAAUGUAAACUUCUAUCAAAAAAUAUUAAAGGUAUGAUUUCUCAUCCUGAAUUUUCCAAAACAUUGUUCCAACGUCAAAAAGACACUUCCUCACAACUCAUCUAUUUAGUAAAUGAUGGGAGAUUAUUUAGACAAUUCCCCAAAAUCUCCUUAAACCCAAUCAGUCAAUCCGUGACAACUUUAAGCUAUGACCUCGAGAUUUUGGCCUCAUGUAAUGGCCUAAUUCUCUUUGACUUUGAGAGAAUUAGGCGUUACUGUGUUUUCAAUCCCACAACUAGAGAGCACCAAUUGAUACCGUAUACAGAGUCUCCAAGAAAUGAUUUAGAAAAAACAGGCCUAGCGGUUGAUUACCCGAACUCAGAUCAGUACAAAUUGGUAACCAUAAGUAAGCUGGUUGAAAAUUCCAACUUGUUCUACAAAUUUCACCUACUUUCAUCAGAGCAAUCUGGAUUGUGGCGUGAAAUCCAGCUGAGAACCAAUACUUUCCUAUCUUUACCCUUGGGUAGUCCACCUGUUUAUUGGUGUGAUUCUCUUUAUUGGCUCAGAAGUGACGGUAGCGUUCUAGCUUUUGAUACGAAGAGAGAAGAGGCUAUACUAAUUGACCGUCCUGAGUUUCUUGAUCAUUUUGAUCUCAGCUAUGGUAAAAUUUCGACUGGUGAAGAUAUAUGGCUAGGGAGGGCGCAAGGUUUACUUACCCUUGUAUGCAUUUUCAGAAAGUUUGUAGUCAUUGCUACUUACGACAGUGCAAGCAGCCGUUGGAGGGUUUCCCAAACUUUUGACAACUUCGUUUUAAGUCCGGAAGGCACUAUUAUUGGAUUUCCAGUCUGGAUAGACAGCAAACAAGUGUCUUUUCUGGUAGAACGUCUCUCGACACAGUAUCAUGAUCUAUACGAGUAUGAUACUGAGAUCAAUAAGUACAAAAAUGCUGCAGUGCUGGACACAGUUGACUAUCCCAUGUAUUGCUUCCAUCCAACAUUAGCUUGUGUCCAUAAGACGCCCUCCAAUAAUGUAAAGACUGCUCAGCAGGAGUAUAUUGCUGCAAAGUUGGAUGAUAUCAGAAGAUUUAUUAUCGAAGAAGAAAGUUCAUCAGAGGAAUCUGUAGAAGAAGAAGAAGAAGCGGCAGAAGGAGGGGGAGGAGGAGGAGAAGCAGCAGGAGGAGGUGAAGAAGAAGAAAUAUUAAGUGAUGGUAGUGUUGUAACUUUUGAUACAAAAAGAGAUGAGGCUAUACUCAUUGACCAUCCUGAGUUUAUUAAUCAUUUUACUCCAAGCUACGGUAAAAUUUUGACUGGUUGCGAUAUAUGGCUAGGGAUGGCGCAAGAGCUAACGUCAGAAAAAGCCAUCAGCAAUGUCUUUGUCAAUGAGCAUCUUGUAUUAAAUUUGUGCUGUUUUGACCUUGCAUUUGAGUAUAAACCGCUAUAUUGCAGCUGCAUUUCCUCCUAUAAAGCAAUUGAGUGA